AAGGAUCCGAUAUCUUUGGAGGGGCAUGCGGACUCGUGGACAAUGUGUAGCGUUGAUCUCGGUGGCAACAGCGCUGAUAUACACGUCGCCUUUACUUUUAUCGAGAACGUCAGGGGACUGGGAUUUCUGGUACAUUUGGGACGAUCGCACCAACUUCGUCGAGAACCCAGUACUUCACAGUUCGUGGAGCUUUGAGACGCUCUUAAACAUGUCCACGAUGGUGAGACUCCACGUGUACGAGCCUCUGGGAUGGUUAUUGAAGUAUAUUAUAGUACAGACCGUGGGGUUGGAUGCCUGGUGGGUUCGAAUGAUGUCGAUUCUCACCCAUUUCGCAGCAGGAUUCGUCUUGGCGAAAGUCUCAGCUUUAGUCCUGGACAUUGACUAUAUGAUGACGGCGUUGAAGCGAUCACAGAAGAAACAUAGUCAACUACACUUCCACGCUUGUUGCAUGAGCGCAGUUGUGCUUAUGAUUCAUCCGCUUCACGUUGAGGUUAUUGCCUGGCCGUCAGCUCAGCCGUAUACACUAGCAGCUCUUUUCAGCUCCUGGGCUCUGUUUGUCCACGUGAAAAAUGUCCACCAAAAUUUGAACAACUUCCUAGGAAGCAAUAACGCUGAAAUAGCGGGCAGUGGCAAUGGAUUGGUCUUCAAAACACUAAUUAGUGGUGGAUCUACCUCAAGCAGCAUCUGCGCUUCUGGGCUUUAUCUCUGCGCUCUUCUAUCGAAAAGUUCAAGUUUGCUAUUACCUGUGGGUUUCUUUCUCAUGGAUCUGUGGGUGUAUCUACAGCUAUUUCCUCAGCAACACGGUGUCAAAAUGAAACAAAUCGGCGUGUACGCUGCUAAACUGGCCCCUUCAGUAGUAAUUCUGCUGGUGUUUGUCUUUGUCACGGCUUUCUCGAAUUCUCAAGGAGGAGUUCCAGACGUUGUUUCGCUAUCGCUUGGUGAACGAGUGUUGAAAGCUUUGAAUUCGCCAUUGUGGAUCGUACGAUCCCUUGUGUGGCCUUCGGAACUACGCCCACACUACAGGAUUCAACCAGGUGACCUAAGCUUCUCAAAUCCGGAAUGUUUACUGUCAUCAGCGACAACAGUUUUCGUUUUGGUGCUGACGAUUUGGACUUCAUGGCAUCGAGGCGUCUCGAAGCAUUCGCUAGCAUUAACUUUCUUCAUUUGCAUGCUGAUGCCUGUGUCUGGAUUCAUUCAGCAUGGAAUAAUUACUACAGCAGCGAAUCGAUAUGGAUAUCUACCUAGCAUCAUCGUAGCGCCCUACGGUGGAUGGGUAGUCGCUUGCUGUUUAUUCCAAGAAUGUAAUGCGCCAGAUGAGAGCGAUCGACUAACUGCUCCAGCUUGGGAUACACCAGAGCGCGAGAUACCACACAAUUUACGCACAAAACAGACAAAAAGAAUCCAAAAAUUUACGAUUCACACAACUAAGAGCUACGCCUGGAGUAUCUAUGUUCUAUUGGUCGGGACUCUGCUGUCAAUUUCACAUGAUCUCUUGACUCAAUGGAGAAACGAAGACUUGUUAUUCCGAUUUUCUCUUCGGAUGGAUCCAGCCGACUGGAAAAUUUUAGGACAGCGUGCAGAGUAUCUGCUUCAUGCUGGACGCUGCAGUCCAGACGACACCGAAUGUCGACAGCUUUGGGUCCUCGCGCACGAGUUUUCUCCACGUGGUACUCUCAAGUCGCACUUGUAUCGACUUCAUCUUCUCGCAGCUUUAGGGUAUACGGAUCGUGUUUGCGAUGGCUACUUCAAGCUGCUGGAAACGCACCGAGAGAACAGUUCAGUGCACAACAAUGCUGCGGUGUGUUUUGUCAUGCGCGGUAUGCUUGCUGAAGCUCGCCGCGAGUUUUCUGAAGCUGUUCACAUUCCCGAUAUUGCUGAGACUAUGGCUGUCCAUGCUCAAAACUUACGCGAGUUCGACAAAUGGGAGAUAAAGCGAACACGGUAUCGUGUGGAGGAAGUUCCUGGCUUUGAAGGAACUAUAACGUACUAGUCGUCAUGAUCUACCCACGCCAUACGAUUUCUCAAGCAGCACAAUCGAGGUCAUGUGAACUCUGUUACAUUUAAAAGAUUUGGAUUACAUGUAUUUGUUUGCGGCAAUUUGGUAAGCUUGGAUAAUGCUAAAAGAACAUAGUUUCAGUAUUUGAAUUUGCUGAUCGAGCAGAGGUACACUGCUGAACACCGCUUUGGAGAA